GUGCACUACAAUGUCGGCAAAAACCUGGCUGAUAAAGGAAAUCAAAGUGCUGCAAUCAAAUACUACAGAGAAGCUGUAAGGUUGAAUCCUAAAUACGUACAUGCCAUGAACAACCUUGGAAAUAUUCUGAAAGAAAGAAAUGAGCUCCAAGAAGCAGAGGAGUUGCUGUCCUUAGCUGUACAAAUACAACCUGAUUUUGCUGCUGCAUGGAUGAAUCUAGGAAUAGUACAAAACAGUUUAAGAAGGUUUGAAGAGGCAGAGCAAAGCUACUGGACAGCAAUUAAACACAGGAAAAAAUACCCAGAUUGUUACUACAAUUUAGGGCGGUUGUAUGCAGAUUUGAAUCGCCAUAUAGAUGCAUUGAAUGCAUGGAGGAAUGCUACAGUUCUGAAACCAGAGCAUAGUUUGGCUUGGAACAAUAUGAUUAUAUUGCUUGAUAACACAGGCAAUCUAGCUCAAGCAGAAGCAGUUGGAAGAGAGGCCCUUGAAUUAAUACCUAAUGAUCAUUCUCUUAUGUUUUCAUUGGCAAAUGUACUGGGGAAAUCGCAAAAAUAUAAGGAAUCUGAAGCUUUAUUCCUCAAGGCGAUUAAAGCCAAUCCAAAUGCUGCCAGUUAUCAUGGUAAUUUGGCUGUGCUUUAUCAUCGCUGGGGAAAUCUUGACUUAGCAAAGAAGCACUAUGAAGUCUCUCUGAAGCUUGAUCCUAUGGCACCCGGGACCAAGGAAAACUACAACCUCUUACGAAGAAAACUGGAGCAAUUGCAAAAGAAAGGCGGUGCCUGA